AUGCUUCCGUGGAAGGUCCUUCUGCUGCUUCUGCUCGACGUGGGGAGUUGUGUGUGGGCGGCCGAUGACGAUGUCGUAGUGCAAGUUGAAGGGAAAGGCGAAACGUUUAGCCUAACGCUGGCUGAAGUGAAAGAUGCCUUGGACAUCGCGUUGAAGGAGUUCGCCCGAUUGGAACCGUACCCAACGCUGCCGUCUGACGGUCCGCGAUACUCCCCGUCCCUGAGGCACCAGAGGAACCGACCGGUGCACCCGGACGCCCUGCUGUUGGACGCAGCUCAGCGAAGCUACGAGGACACCCUGCUCCUGCUCAUUCGGAGGAACAAGGCGUCCAAGACUAAAGUCCAACAUGCCUUGUCCAAGCUCGAGCUGGGCGGUCUGGAGCCAGUGUCCCAAAACAAGCCGCUCUGCGACAAGCUGUACCCAGAAACGUGCAAGAGCGGGCAACCUUACCGCUCUUUGGACGGGUCGUGCAACAACCUGGGGCAACCGGCCUGGGGCAGGGCGCUGGGCUGCCACGCACGCAUCGCGCCAGCCGCCUUUGGAGACGAUGUCGCUUCACCGAGGACCAAGGGGAAGUCUGGGCAGGAGCUUCCCAACGCACGCCUGGUGUCCAACGCCAUCCGGGGGGCCCCACCCGACCCCCUGCGUCGGCGUCCGGGGCGCCACACGAACCUGUUCAUGGCCUUCGGACAGCUGGUCGACCACGACAUCGCGCUCACCCCAGAUGUGCGAGGACCCAACAAUUCGCUGCUCCAGUGCUGCGGCGACCAGGUCUCUCCUGACUGUUUUCCCGUGCGUGUCUCGGACGACGACCCGUUCUUUGGCCCGCUCAACGUCAAGUGCCUCAACGUGGUGCGAUCCUCGGGCUGCACCGACUGCUCGGGAUUCCACGAGAGGCGGUUCGUGAAUCAGCAGACGGCCUACUUGGACGCUUCGCACGUCUACGGCACCUCGGCCGCGGCCCUGGCUACUCUACGGGACAAGUCCCAGCCCGAGUUGCUGCUGCUUCCCAACGGGAUCUUGCCCCCGAGUUUAAACCCGACCGAAGAUGGCUGCAGCGACCCGAGCUCGAGCCAGUUCUGCUUCCGCGCCGGAGACGGCCGCGUCAACCAGCAGCCUGGCAUCGCGUCGCUCCAUAUCCUGUACGCCAGGCAGCACAACAGGCUUGCCAAGGAGCUGGGCAGAACGCACCCAGACUGGGACAAGGAGACCGUCUUCCAGGAAGCCAGGCGUAUCCUGGUGGCCCAACACCAACACAUCAUCUAUAGAGAGUUCGUGCCGGAGAUGCUGGGUUACCGUCGCAGUGCCGCUCUAGGCCUUGACAAUCCCUGGGAGCGCACCCAGUACGAACCGAGUCGUGACGCAUCGAUCCUGGUCGAGUUCACGACGGCCGCCUUCCGGUUCGGACACGGCCUGAUCGAAGACUUUACGCUCGUCGACUGCCGGGGUGCGGUCACCGCCUAUCCGCUCUCGGACCGCUUCUUUCUGGUUCAGGACCUCUACCAGAAGGGCACUCUGGACCGGAUUAUGCGCGGUCUGUGCCUGCAAGCGGGCCGCGUACCGGGGCCAUCGCUGUCGAACUCCGUGGGGCGCCACCUGUACCGGAACUCGACGAGCGAGGCGGGUCUAGACCUGGCCUCGAUUGACAUGCAGCGCGGUCGGGACCAUGCUAUCCCGGGAUACGGCCACUUGCUGCGUCGCUACAUGGGACGGCAGGUGCAGUCCUUCGACCAGCUGGCGGCCUACAUGCCGGAGGGAAGGGUCCAAGUCCUGCGCGAUCUCUAUGAGCACCCCGACGACGUGGACCUGUGGGCGGCGGGGCUGAUGGAGUUUCCCUCCGAACCGGGGUCCCUGGUGGGUCCCACGUUCGCCUCCAUCCUGGCACGACAGUUCCGCAGCCUCAAGUACGGGGACCGCUUCUUCUACACCCACGGGUACGGACCCCACGUGCACCCGUUGAGUGACGAGCAACUGGAAGAGGUGUCGAAGUUCAGCCUGGCUAAGCUGAUCUGUGCCAACGUUGACGAUCCGGAAAAGUUCCUGGUGCAGCCUUUUGCCAUGAUCCAGCCAAAUCAGCAGACGAAUCGGCUGACCCGAUGCAGAGACCUACCGGACACUGAUGUCUCCACCUGGAUUCAGGCCGCCACUCAACAUUCGUAA